AUGUUUUAAGACAGGAAUCCCAGAGUUUAAUUAUUUUAAUUUAUUAUAAGAAUAUCUUUGAAGCCAGAUAGCACAAAUGGCCAGUACUAUAAAAAUGUUGUAGAAUUUGCCAAACCAUUGACAUUUCCAGAUGAAGAACAAGAUUUUUACUUAUAUUCACAUCGAUAUCCUUAUGUAUUAAUGGACAACUUAUAAAUUUUAAGGGUCUGAAAACAAAUGUAUCUUUUUCGAUAGGAAAAGUAGAAGAAUCUAUGAAAACUGAUUAACUUAUCAAUUUUAAUUUCUAUUUCGAUUACAAACCUACUAUUAAUACUAAAGAAUCGGUUCUCCAAAAUAAAAAAUUAAAAUCUCAGAAUAGCAUAUCAUUUUACUAUUAAAUAUAAGAAAAUUAGUAUCAAAGAUGCGGCUAUAAGAAAACCAAACUUUCUUGA